GCUAGUGCAUGUUAAUUCAUAAUAAAGGGAUAAGGUACUUCAUACAUCAUAAUUUUGUUGGAGAAAUUAAGUUAUUAAGAAUGGAAGAUGUGAAACUUUUGGGCACAAAAGAAAGUAUAUUUACUCAAAGAGUAAUAUGGGCACUUAAGUUAAAAGGCAUUUGUUAUGAAUUUAUUGAGCAAGAUUUUUCCAGCAGAAGUAGUCCAUUGCUUGUGAAACUUAACCCAGUUUACAAUAAAGUGCCUGUUAUUGUUCAUGAUGGAAAAUCAUUAGCUGAAUCACUUGUUAUUCUUGAGUAUAUUGAAGAAACAUGGCCACUUAUUAAUCCUUUAUUUCCUCUGGAUCCUUUUCAAAGAGCUUCUGCUCGUUUUUGGGCUCGUUUUGUUGAUGGCAAGUUUUAUGAAGCAGCUAAGAAGGCAUUUUUCACCUCUGGAGAAACAAAAGCAGAGGGAGUUGAAUCAGUGGUAGAGGGAUUACAUCUUCUUGAAGGACAAAUAAUUGGGAAAAAGUUUUUUGGUGGUGAGAAAAUAGGGUACCUUGAUAUAAUAAUUGGUUGGAUUGCUUAUUGGUUCCAAUAUAUUGAAGAAAUUGGUGAAUUUAAAGCAAUGGAUUCAACAAAAUACCCUUGUUUACAUGCAUGGAUCAACAAUUUCAUUCAACUUCCUAUUAUUAAACAAAGUCUUCCUACACCUGAUGUUGUCAAAUCUGUUUUUAGGGGAUUCAAAGAUGCUGCAGCCUUGGCUGAUGCAAAUUGAAUUAAGAGGUGUUUGAUGCAACGAAAAUUAUUAUUUGUAUAUGAUAAGUAUGUAUAUUUUGAGUAGUAUAAGUGUUCAGUAGGUACAAGUUUUGGAGUUCUAGCGUUAAAAACUAAAUUAUGUAGACAAGUUUAUGGAUUCCGAACUCAUUAACUGUAUAAAUUAAAAUAUACUUUCUGGUGUCUGUAUGUUUUGGUUACAUACGUACAAACUCUUCCAAAAAAAAAAAAGAAAAAACAAUUGGUUAUGUUCCAUUGAAAAUAUACUCUCUUGUUAUCAAGGCAUCUUUAGUAGAGGCAUUUUAUGUGUUUUAUUCAUAUUUUAGGAAUAUAAACUUAGGUUAAAGCUACUUGAUAGCUGCAUUUUUCUUGUAACAAGUAACUGAAUAUUUCACCUUCCGUUGCCUCCAAGAAAAAGCAAACAACAUAAAAAAAAAAACACUUGCCGCUCAAAGAGUCUUUAAUGUGGAAGAAAUAGGGAUUUUUGUACUUUUUUUAUGAUGGGAAAAACAGAGGAGAAUAAUGUAUUCGAACAUUUUAGUGAUGGACAUCAAUUUGUUUACAUCAAUAAGCAAAGUAAUGCAAUUUGCUCUGGAUGUAAACUCAAUAUAUUGCCUGGUAAAUUCUACUACAAAUGUAAAAGUACGUGUUCGUUUUUCCUUCAUCAAGAAUGCUUCAAUAUGCCCAAAAGCUUGCAGCAUCUAGUGGAUCCAAUCCAUCGUCUUACUCUACUAACGACUACACCUUCUUCAUCAAAAUGCAACGCGUGUAGAAAAGAAAUCUUGGGAUUUUCUUACGCGUGUGCCAAAUGUUCUACUCAUUAUCACACGCUAUGUUUAUUAGCAUUACCUCUUUCAAUUGAAAUGUCAUCUCAUUGCCAUGAACUGGACUUAGAAUUCUGUCCUCCUUAUGAUUUCGAAUGUGACUUGUGCAAAAAGCCUAGUUAUAAAGGGUGGCUUUACCAUUGCAGCUCUUGUGAAUUUGAUGCGCAUAUUUCAUGUGCUAUUACACAUACUGAUGAAAGAAAAACAGAGAAAUGUGAUGAGUUGAUGGAAUUACUGUCGAUAUACAUGAAGGGAACGGAGGAAACCAGCGUUAGUCAAGAUCAAAUCCAUCAAUAUGAAGCUCAACUAACCCCGAGUUAUCAAUUCAGUGAUCAAUGCUUUUCCAUUGAUCUUGCAAAGUCUCAGCAACUAAACGAUGAACAAACCGGAUCAAUGGACACUAAGGAGAAAUCGAAUGUGGCUUAUGUUACACUGGCAAAUGAGAUAGGUUCUGAAGUUUGGAUGGGAUUAGGCAGGGAAAUGGAGAAGGCUUAUCACACAAAUGACUCUAACAAAGAACGUUCGAGGAGUUCAUGUUGCCCAGACAUACUUCAAACUCUGUUUUGUCUAAAGAAGUGAAAAUACAGG